AUGACUGUCGGUACACUUCCCGUUUGGUCGAGAACUUUCUCCUAUGCGAUUAGAUCAUUAUGCUUGCUGCAUAUAAUACACAUGUAUGUGUACGAGUUUACGGAGACAAGGGGGGAAUCGAUGUUGCCCACAUUAUCCGCGACCAAUGAUUAUGUGCAUGUCUUGAAGAAUUAUCAAAAUGGCAAAGGCAUAAAAAUGGGUGACUGUAUAGUGGCAUUGAAGCCCACUGACCCCAAUCACAGAAUUUGCAAAAGGAUCACCGGUAUGCCAGGUGACUUGGUGCUCGUGGACCCCAGCACCGUAGUUAGCCAUGUCGGCGAUGUACUCCUUGAUGAAGAAAGGUUCAGUACGUACAUUAAAGUUCCCGAGGGCCAUGUUUGGGUAACUGGAGAUAAUCUAUCACACUCAUUAGACUCAAGAACAUACAAUGCAUUACCUAUGGGAUUAAUAAUGGGAAAGAUUGUAGCAGCUAAUAAUUUCGACAAGCCGUUCUGGGAUGGUUCAAGACACAGUAUUUGGGGGUUCAAAUGGAUCAAAAAUACAUUCGUGGACGCCAGUGCCGAGAACAAUUGA